AUGCAAGGCCGUAUUCACCUAGCGCGCCAUGCGGAAGGUCUUCACAAUUUGCGCAACGAUCCCACAAGUCCCAACGCUUCUUUGUCUGAACGAGGCUUUGAUUUCGCAGAAGAUCUAGGACAUCGCUUUAUCCGCGAGUACUCGAACAAUGUCGGCGCAAUCAUAUCCAGCCCACUCCGCAGGGCUAUCCAGACAUCCUUGACGGCAUUCCGCCGGAUCUUAAACUCCACCCAGUAUCCCAAAAAUUCCGUUGUGGGUGUUAUUAAUGGAGUGAUGUUAGCCCUAGAUACUAAUUUGCAGGAAAUCACCGACCUGUCAUCCAAUAACGGCUCCACUCUGGACGAUCUAACAACCGAAUUUCCCGAACAUAAGUCGGAAAUAUAA